AUGGUCCUUGUCGCCAUCCUCGUCGACAUCCAUACUUUUACUCACGUCAUACACUCGCUGCAGAUGGCUACGCAGCAGUGCCUCUUCGUACCCUUGUCGGCGGGUGGCGAGGUCAGGCUCGUCCAGAGAAAGCUAUCCAAGGCCCUGGGCCUCUGGGCAGCCGCGUAUAUGGAGCAGUCAUGCCGCGAUUGGGUGGUCAUGUAUCUCUUCUGCCAAAUGUCCCUAAGCCUCUCCUCUCUUCAGAUGCUCCCGGUCCUCGCGGGCUACCCGCCGCGGCUCGCCUGCGACGGCCCCGUCACGCGCCAGCAGGAGCUGGCGGCCGACGAUGAGCUCAAACGCAGCCCGGGGGCUCACAGGUUCGCCUGGCAGAUCAUGGAGCACGCAGAGACACUCUCCGACACCAUCCCAUCCCCGUGGCUGCCGGUGGCUGUAUUCUACGCCGGUUUGGUGAUCUGGCGCUGUUCCGUUUUGAAGCUCGACAGCAGCACCACUGGCCAUGGUUCGAGAAAGGUCCUGCUCCUCUUCAUCGAGGAACUCAGGAGGAUGCCCUGGCCGUGUUGCACCACAAUGGUCCUUACUUUAGAGGCGUUGAUGAAUUGA